AUGCUCGGUUGCUAUUACGAUUUAAGGGCCGAGCAGAACGACCAUGAUUCCCAUUGGUUGAUCCUAGCAAGCGUUCGCACCGAACAGCUUCUGUCGGCUUACUGCGUGAGACCAGAUAUCCAGCAUCGUGCAAGUCGGUCCAAGGGACUGGAGGACAAAGCAUGGGAAGCUCGGCUGGGUGGAAGCUCAAUGGAGGAUAUUCGGCAUCUCGGUACCAAUUGGCCAAAGUGGGGUGGAUCUACAUGGAUGGGGGAAUUCGACCUGAAGGAUGAAACAGGUGAAAAGGCAUUAGAAACUGUUAUCCAACUUCGUCUACUGCAUCACGGUUGGAAGAAGGUGGAACAGGACUCAAAUGAGUCUCAGCUGAAUUUCUCAUGGGCUGAGUUUUUAACAACUUUUGACAAGGAGUUUCUAAGGACCAUUCAAACAAAUCAAGUGGAACAGGUUACGGACGUUCCCAACAAUUUUCGCAUCUUCGAUUUCUUUGGCCUUUUGGGUCCAACAAGCUUGCCGGUCAGCACGGAUAAUCGGAUUCACCUGGUCUCGGAUGACGCGUCAGGUGGAAUUGUGGUUGCGGCCAGGGUGUUUGUCGCCGGGCCUCCAGCAAAGACAUGGUUCUAUCAGAGAUCCAAUAUUUGGACGAGAUUGGCUGGGUCAUGCCAGAAACAGGAGUUCGGGCUCUGUUUAGCACUUUGGAUAUCUGUUCCCAGUGGCCGUUCAUAUUUGACAUCGGACGGUCCGGCAGAAGUUUGA